CAGCGAGUGGCAGGAAGUAGGAAGCCGUCUAAGAGAGGGGGGCUUGGGAGGUUGGGGGGUGUAUAUAUAAAUAAUUAUGUAUUUUAUCUAUGUAAAUUACACACAAGCUAUGGUCGCGCUGACUGCAGCGUUUAUUACUUGUCGUUAGCGAUUGUGUAAAAAACGGUCACGUAAAAUUCAGCAUCAGGUUUGUCGGGAACGAGCCUGUUGGGAACGCUCCUUAUUGUUCCGGUUCUCCGGGCCUGCGUUGAGACAUGGCCGACAACGGACGGUCCCCCGAACAGAAGAGACCGUGUCACCAUGUCCCUCAACCCGGGGAUGUUAACGGUUCUACCGUGGACACGGGCUGCGGCACCGUGGACUCGGGCUGCGGCACCGGGGACUCGGGCUCUAGCGGCGCCGGUGGAAGCCGAAGCAGCAGCGAAUGUUUUGAUGAGGAGGAGCCGAAACUGAGCAGAGUCCGGCGGAGGACAGACUCCUGCAGGAAGAACAGACCACCGUUCCCGUGGUUCGGGAUGGACAUCGGAGGAACUCUGGUGAAGCUGGUCUACUUUGAGCCGGUCGACGUCACUGCUGAAGAAGAACAGGAGGAAGUGGACAACCUGAAGUCCAUCCGGAAGUACCUGACCUCCAAUGUAGCCUACGGCGACUCGGGCAUCAGGGACGUGCACCUGGAGCUCCGGAAGCUGACCAUAUGUGGGCGGACAGGAAACCUCCACUUCAUCCGCUUCCCCACUCAGGACAUGCUGGGGUUCAUCCAGAUGGGACAGGACAAGAACUUCUCCUCCCUGCACACCUCCCUGUGUGCCACUGGGGGCGGGGCCUUCAAGUUCGAACAGGACUUUGCAACGAUGGCAGGUCUGGAGCUCUGUAAGCUAGAUGAGCUGGACUGUCUGAUCCGGGGGCUUCUCUACGUGGACAGCGUGGGCUUCAACGGUCUCCCCGAGUGCUUCUACUUCCAAAACCCCUCAGACCCGGACCACAGCACCAAGCACAGCUGUAGCCUGGACAACCCCUUCCCCAUGCUGCUGGUUAACAUCGGUUCCGGGGUGUCCAUCCUUGCUGUUUACUCUAAGGACCACUACAAACGAGUUACGGGGACCAGUCUAGGGGGCGGGACCUUCCUGGGGCUGUGCUCUCUGCUGACUGGCUGCCAGAGCUUCGAGGAGGCGCUGGAGAUGGCGGCUAAAGGGGACUCCACCAACGCCGACAAACUGGUACGAGACAUCUACGGAGGGGACUACGAGCGCUUCGGCCUGCAGGGAGCCGCCGUCGCCUCCAGUUUUGGUCACAUGAUGUGCAAGGAGAAGAGGGAAAGCGUCAGUAAAGAGGACCUGGCCAGAGCGACGUUGGUCACCAUCACCAACAACAUAGGAUCUAUUGCACGCAUGUGUGCAGUCAACGAGAAAAUCGAACGUGUGGUGUUUGUUGGAAACUUCCUGAGGAUCAACACGGUGUCCACCAAGCUGCUGUCCUAUGCCAUGGAUUUCUGGUCCAACGGACAACUCCGAGCGCUGUUCCUGGAGCACGAGGGUUAUUUCGGCGCUGUGGGUGCCUUCCUUGAACUACUGAAGCCGUCUGAAGACCAUUAACUUUAUACUGACCUCUACGUGACCUCCGUAACCCAGCAAGGCGUCAUAGAUCUAUCCAUCUAUGUGUCCAUCAUCUCUAGACAUCACAGAUCUAUCCAUCUGUCUGUCCAACAUUGAUCCAGCCACCUAUCAUCUCUAACUAGUGCUGGCUGCUUCCUGCUGCUUGGCCAAUCACAGGCGGCUCUUCAUCUGAUCCAGACCUCCCUUCGGGUGGGGCCAGUUGACCCCCUUCGCUGCGGGGGGCUGGCUUGGUGAAUCAUCCCACCGGUGUGUUCCAACUAAACCAUCACUAGUUAAUGAGCAGGUUGGUUUGGUCGCCUGUUCUGGUACUAUCGGAACUCAGUUCGUUAUGAACUUAACUACAAAAUAACAUAACAAAAGUAAUUUUAUGAUAAAUUUCCAUUUAAUGUCUUCAAGUGUCAUGAUUCCGAUUAACUUAUUUUAAUAUUUUGUAAAAGAAACCCUCUAUCUUUGUCUGUCUGUCUAACUGUCUAACUGACUGACUGACUGCCUUUCUGUCUGUCUGCCUGUCUGUGUUGUUAAAAACGACAGUCAGGAUUUUGUGGCUUCAUAUUCUUCGUAUUUGUUGAUGAUGUGAAGGUAAAUCUUUCUAGACCCGUUGUAUUUUACUAACAUUACCGAGAGAUUGAGACAGCAUUCAGUCAUGUAUCUGCAAGUGUUGAAGUAGUGAGAGAAAAGCCUAACACUUAAUAUUGUUGUUACCAUCGGAUACCCACCCUUUAGAUAACAAAAGGGAUUAGAUUAGGGGUAGAUUAGAGUAGGUUUAGAUAAAAUAGCGAUUAGAUAACAUGAUUAGAUUAGAAUUUUAUUAGGAUUAGUUUGGAUUCGGUUAUGAUUCUUCCCCGUCCUGGUGAAGGCGCACCUUUGCUUCUUUAUUGAACAAAAGUGAGCGAGAUCUGUUUUUAAUAUAUGCAUUAUUUUUUAUCAAAUCACUACUUGAACCUGAAAUGUGAACCAUUUCUAUCAUGAGGAUCAUCCUCAGAUAUCAUGUCUGUAAUGUUCAAUACUUAAAUUAUAAAGAAAAUGUAUGUUAUAAUUUGAAGAAAAUAUCAUACUGCGCCCAGUGUUCCUUACUCGCUUACCCAUCUACUCUGCUUAUACACCAUUCACAUCCCUUGCUAACAUCAUGCUAAUAGCUCCUAGUUCUAGAUACAAUCAUGCUUACAGCUCCUAUAUUGAGCUAGCAUCAUGCUAACAGCUGCUGUAUUUAGCCAACACCAUGCUAACUGCUCUUGUCUGCAGCUUGCAUAAUGUUAACUGCUCCUGUAUCUAGCUUACAUGAUGCUAACAUAAUGCUUGCAGCUCCUGUUUCUAGCUAAUAUGCUAACAGCUACCAUCUCUAGCUAAAAUCACGUCAGCAGCCCUUUCCUCCAUCAUGCUAACGGCCCCUAUCUCUAGCUAACGUAAUGCCAACGGUACACACACACACACACACACACACACACACACACACACACACACACACACACACACACACACACACACACACACACACACACACACACA